AUGAACUCAAUUGCUGCCAAUUUCUCACCAUCAAACCCAAGGUUGCCCCUCAAGUGCAACAAAAGAAGUGGCCUUAUCACCAUCAAAAGAGCAAUUAAAGUUAAAGCAAAGCAAAAGGACGAUAAUAACGACCCCGGAAAAUCAGUCGACGAUAACAUGAUCGUCCUCACGAUGAGAAUCAAGAAAGUGAAGGUUUUGGAGAGUAUUAACAACGAGGCCGCCAGGCCGUCUUCUGACUGGCUGGAACGGGAGAAUAAGUUUUUUACGCGCUAUCAUGAAAACAUUUGUGACUCCAUGGAAUUUUUGCAGUCGUGUUUAAUGAACACGAAGCCGAGUGUGGCUAUGGGGAUGCUGAUUCUGGUGGCAAUGAGCUUUUCGUCUUCGGUUGUUAUGGUUAAUGUGCUGAAGAUGGCUAAAGGGUUGUUGGCGGGUUGUCAUGUGUGCAUAGAUAUUGAUUUUUGA